AUGUAUUCAAAUCAAAAACUAGCUAUUGAUUUACUUCUUUUCAUAUUUAUAACAUUUAUUUUAACAACAACUAUAUUAUCAAUAUCAACAACUAAUUGGUAUAUUCAUACAAAUUAUAAUCGUACAGGUUUAUUUCAACAAUGUUUAAGUACAUGUUGUUGUCAAACAAAAGAAUUAAAUCGAACAAUAACAAUGUUAAUUUUUCUUAGUAUUAUUAUUCUUUUAAUAAGUACAUUUUCAUCAUUUCUUUUAAUGAUAACAACUGUAAAUAGUAGCAAUCGAUAUUAUAUAUUUGUACCGUUAACAUUAUUCAGUGCAGGCAUAUCAAUGACAUUAACAUUCAUACAAAUAUAUGAACUAAUUAAUGUUAAUGGUUAUUCAGCUUUUAUUUUUCUUAUUGAUACUGUUCUUAGUUAUGUAUUAGGUGGUAUUACAAUUUUACAUGGUAGUUUAUUUUAUUUCUAA